AUGUUAGCUUCAUCGCUGUUGCAAUAUCGCUCCCCAAUUCUCCAUACCUAUCUUCUUCCUUCUCGAAGACCCUCUUCUUCGUCUUUCAGACUUCAACCUAAUUCCACUUCCCAUUCUCGCAGCCCCCUUUUCCUUAAAUCUCAUCCAUUAUUGGAGACUAAGCCUCUAGAGACUCUUCUCGUGCAGGCCAAGUCUCCUCCCGCUGACCGAUCCAAUGAGUCGAAAUGGGUGCACGAAGGCUUGAUCACCGAGUCACUUCCCAACGGCAUGUUCCGUGUACGUCUCGAUAACGAAGAUUUGAUUCUGGGUUAUAUUUCUGGGAAAAUCAGGAAGAAUUUUGUUCGAAUUUUGCCGGGAGAUAGAGUCAAAGUUGAAGUUAGUCGGUAUGAUUCGUCUAGAGGCCGCAUAGUUUACAGAUUGCGUGGUAGCUCUUAG